AUGUCAACGUCUGUGAUAAAUGUUAAAUAUUCUACGCCGCCUCAGCAACGUUCAUCGACGUUGCCAUCCAUCGCCACUUCCUCUUCCUCACCCAGCAAAUUUUUACCCAUAAUCAAAGGUGUAACGCCAACAUUAAAAUCUCGAAAUCCGUCAUCGUUUCCAUUAUCAAAUUUGUAUGUUUCAUUAUCUUCGGGAGCUGAUCGUUUAUUAAAUAAAAUUGGAAAAAAUUUUUCAAUUAAAAAAAAUCAAACAUCGCCGCCAACAUCGAUAAAUCGACUUAUGCCGCCAGCAACGCCAACGCUCGUGCGUCGAUCAUCAACACGCAGUUUAUUCAUUAACGAACAAGAUGCCCCCUUCUCAUAUGCAAAAGGCUCCGUAAAGUCAACAAAAAUUACUUCUCCGAUGCGUCCAUUUUCAUACAUCGAAACACGCACGAUGAAAAUAACUCCGCCACAAUGUUUAUUCUUCACCAAACCUACAACAGCAUCAACGUCAAAAUCAAAUAGUCCGAUAAUGAUGAAUCAAUCAUUUUCACUAUCGAAAUUUAAAAAAGUUUUGUUAAAACGAAGAAAUUCUUCAAUUAUUGUACAUGAUCAUUCAUUCAAAGCAUCAAUAUCUUCACCAAGUGUUAAACAUCGUUUGAAAUAUUUGCUAGUAAAACGACAAGAAUUAAAACAUUCAAUUGACAAUUUAUGUCAAAAAAGAACAAAGUUAAAACAUAUUUUAAUAAACAAAGAGACACCAUUGAAUGCCAUCAUGUUUACUACAACACUAGAUAUUUAUUUGUUUCAACCGAAAUUAUUUUAUAAAAUUGAUGAUGACGAAAAAGAAAUACUAUCACAACAUAAAUUUACCUAUUUAUCACUUGCUGAUAAAUAUAUGAUUUUAACAGCAAAAAAUGAGCGAAUAAAUUUAAACCAGUUUCAAAUCGGUUUUUGCUCUCAAACACAUACUACAAUACAAAUACAACCAAAACUGAUUCAUUAUUUUAUUUCGUAUACCAACAUAAUGAAAAAUAUUAAAAAUCCAAAAUUUAUUCCACGUGAUCACGAUGAUUUAUCAUUGAUUACUCAAAGCACAAGCAAAUCUUCUAGUGAAAGUGCAUUCGUAUUAAAGUUUGCAUGGCUUUUUUUAGGAAAUUUUCUAAAAUUAUUAUAA